UUUUUUUUUUCAAUUUUCCUUUACAACUUUCAUAAUCCAACUUCGUUCGGAGCACAGGGUUCAGGAAACCAGGAUUGAUAGCAUCAAGGCUGAACCAUUACUGGAACUCACUCGAUCCUGCCUGACACUUUACACUUUGAGACUUGGCAGUUGUUGACAGCUGGGGUUCGUUUCGAUAGUUCAGUCUACCGGACAAAUAGUCAUAUGCCAUCUAGUAUCAAUAGUCUCUGUACUCAUCAUGAGGGAUGGGGCCCAUUGAGCCCCACUCGAUAUGAUUUGACACCAUGCUUUGAGUACAGUGUAUUAUUUGGCGCAUUGUCAUUACUCGCAGCAUUGGGGUUCUUGUUGCGGAUAUAUUAUCUGAGAAAAUAUAGAGUUGGGCAUCGCCUCGGACGCACUUUUUGGAUCUAUUGGCCCACACAGAUAUUCAUGUUUAUUUCUGCUGUUGUAUCAUGGAUGCUUUACUGGAAUCUUUCCGCCUCAGGGGACAUUUCACCCGCUAUUGCUUGGAGCUGUUUUUGCAUGGGUACAGCAUGGGUAUUUGCAGUUGCAUUAAACAAAUAUGAGCAUGAGUACACGAUCCGUUCUUCUAGCGCCAUAUAUGCUUUCUAUGUUGCCGCAAUAUCAGCGACACUUAUCAUUACCAAAACGACAUUGGAGCUGGCUGAACCAACCGGACGCUCAACAAUAAGUCUCCUCAUAGCGCUAACUUUAUUUUUGUCUGCAGGCUUUGUAGUGGAGGCGUGGCCACGGGGAAAGACUAGAGUACAGCGGAUGAGUAGCGCUGGGCUGUACGCCAAGGCUAACCUUGGCUCUCGACUUUUUUUCACGUUUUAUUUCCCGUUCAUCAAGAUCGGAUUGAAGAGAACAAUUACUCAAGACGAUAUUCUUGGUCAACUACCUCCUUGGAUGGAGACAGAAGUAGCGUAUGAAAAGUUGAGCAGCUUAUGGGCGGACCGAUUGCUGCGGCGUAAAUCCCGCGGUGAACAACCAUCAUUGUUCCAAAUUAUCCUUCUUUCGAAUUGGGAAUUGCUGGUGCCAGUGCUCUUGAGCCGAGUUGCGAUUGUCCUGUUUUCAUAUACGCUUCCAGUAAUCCUGAACGAGUUGCUGAGCUAUUUAGAGGAUUAUGAAUCCAAGCCUCUGUCGUACGGUAUCACUUUAGCCAUAGGGAUCUUUGUAUCGUCCCUGUUCGCGUCUCUUGUCAACACAUAUAAUCGAUACCAAAUGAUUUUGAUUGGAGUCCGAACCCGUGCUGCACUCAUUGCGAUGAUAUAUCGCAAAGCUCUUAGGCUUUCAGCCAAAGCAAGGAGCGAGUCGACGAAUGGCGAAAUUACAAACCAUAUGUCUGUCGAUGCGGACCAGUGGUGGGACAUGUUCAGCUUUUUAUCUAUGUGGAUCUCCAUUCCACUUGAGAUCGCAAUUGCAAUGAAAUUGCUGUAUGGGCUUUUAGGAUGGACAAUGCUUGCUGGAGUACUUACCAUGCUGGCGAUGCUGCCAGUGCAAACCUGGCAAGCAAAGUUUUUUAAGUCAAUGCAGGCAGAGAAAUUGAAAGCAAUGGAUCAACGAGUUCAGCUCACAACAGAGGUAUUGAGUUCAAUGAAGAUCAUCAAACUUUACGGCUGGAGUACUGCAUUCAUAAAUCGUAUCCUGGCAGUGCGAAGUAAGGAAUUGAAUAUACUCAAGAGGAUUGGCAUUGUAGAGGCAUUCAUGUCCAUUAUCUUCAUAUCAUCCUCACUCAUCAUCAGCCUGGUCACUUUCAGUGUCUAUGCUCUCUGGGGUGGCCCCGGUUUCACCCCAGGGAAACUCACGCUACAGACUGUAUUUGUAUCUAUGACGCUCUUUUCCAUGCUUAAAAAUCCUAUCUCGAGUCUAUCAGACGCAACAGCUUCAACUCUCAGUGUCUUGGUAGCUACUAAGCGCAUUCAGCGAUUCUUUUUGCUCGAAGAGAUCGAUGACAAGAACAUCAUGCGCUUUGAUCUUUUGCCCCGAGACCCAGAUGAUCCGCUGAUUUUGAUCAAAGAUGGGACAUUCUCAUGGAUAGCACCGGUCGAUGAGGGUUAUGAGGACAAUCGUGUUAUAGAUGAGAGAAGCGCCCUUCUACAGGAUCAUGGCUCCUCUGAACCUCAGCUGACAUUGCCGCCUACACUGCGGUCUAUCAACCUAUCCUUUGGCAGAGGAAAACUCACUGCUAUUGUUGGACGCGUGGGACAAGGCAAAUCUUCAUUACUCUCUGCCAUGAUUGGAGAACUUUAUAAGUUACAGGGGAAGAUUCAGAUUUCAGGACAUGUUGCAUACGUUCCUCAACAAGCUUGGAUCAUCAACAAAACACUCAAGGAUAACAUUCUUUUUGGCAAGAGAUAUGACGAAGAAAGGUACAAGCAGGUUAUCUUUGCUUGUGGAUUGGAGCCAGAUCUGGCUGUCCUGCCUGCAGGAGAUAUGACAGAGAUUGGAGAGCGUGGGAUAAAUCUCUCAGGCGGUCAGAAACAAAGAGUUUCUCUUGCCCGAGCUGCCUACGACGAUGCGGACAUCUAUUUGUUGGAUGAUCCACUCAGCGCAGUAGAUGCACAUGUUAGUCAUCAUCUUUGGAAUCACCUCCUUGGAUCAACUGGUUUGCUCCGCGACAAGACGCGUGUCUUGGUGACACAUGGAAUUCAUCAUCUCCGUGAAGUUGAUCAAAUUGUGGUCCUCCACGAAGGCAUGGUUGCGGAGAAUGGGCCAUAUAGCGAGCUAAUGGCGAAUAAGAAGAUCUUCUAUCGAUUGAUCAAAGAAUAUUCAAAGUUGGAAAGAAGAUCGAGUUCAACACCGAAGGUGGCUAAAACAGGGAUUAAAGGAGGUGAUAAAACACGUAUAAAACCAGGGAAUGCGACUAUCAGUACAAAUAUACCAAACGAUGCCGAUGACAGCGGCGAGGCUACUGAGGGAGACGAAAGUGGAGAUAUAAGCGAUCAGAGCACAUCCAACAACACUACAGUGGCUGCCAACAACCAGGAGUUCAAGGAUGACAAGAAAGACACGAAGGCAGGAAUUAUUACGGUCGAGGCCAUAAAGGAGGGUGCGGUCGGAUAUGGGGUGGGCAUUCUCUACGCCAAAGCAGUAUCAUACCUUGUUUCGACAAUGGUAGUGCUACUGUUUGUCCUGGCACAGAUUUGCCUGGUUUCGACAAGCCUGUGGCUUAAGCAUUGGAUCAAUGAAAACAAAAGGAGAGAUGAAAACAAUCCACCAUCGAUUGUUCGUUUCCUCGGGGUGUAUGCGCUGCUCACUCUGAUAUAUGUGUUGCUCUACAUGAUCAUCAUGUGGCUAGCGCUUGCAGUCGGUCGAAUCCGUGCCUCAGAGCGAAUUCAUUACGAUUUCUUGAACAAGAUUAUGCACCUACCAAUUGCUUUCUUUGACACGACGCCACUGGGAAGAAUCAUCAACCGGUUUUCGUCCGAUGUUGGGACAGUAGAUGUGAAACUUUCAAGCAAAUUGAUUGGUAUUUUAUUAUUUGGUACCUCAGUCAUGAGCACCUUGAUUUUGGUCGUAAGCACAACCCCAUCCUUUAUCUUUGUUGCACCACUCUUUAUGGCAGCUUACUAUCUCGCUCUUAUUUGCUUCCUGAGCGUGAACCAGAUAUUGGCUCGAAUUUACGCAGCUUCAAAGUCACCCAUCUACCAACACUUUAACGAAUCUCUUGGAGGUGUGUCAACGCUGCGGGCAAUGAAGAUUCAAAGUCGGUUUGUCCGUGAAAAUACGGAUUUAACUGAUAGAAAUUCAAACAAUUUCUUAUCCAAUAUGGGUUCGAGGCGAUGGAUGGACGUGCAGCUUCGGCUUCUAAGCACCAUUAUCGUGUUUAUUACAGCCCUUUUUGCAGUCCUUGAACGGGAGCGGAUGGACCCUAGCAUGGUGGGUUUGACCUUGAGCUUUGCACUGUCGAUUACUGAGGAAGUUACUUCCUUAGUCCGCAUGGCUUGCGAUCUCCAGUACCAACUGGUUUCACUGGAGCGCAUCCUUGAAUACACCAACCUCAAGACGGAGGCCCCUGACACCACAGAUGUGCCGCUCCCAGAUGGCUGGCCUUCAAAAGGACGCAUCAACUUCAAGAACUACUCGACACGUUACCGCGAGGGACUGGACUUGGUCAUAAAGAACGUGACGUUAGAAAUUGCACCAACAGAGCGUGUCGGCAUUGUUGGCCGAACAGGUGCAGGCAAAUCCUCAUUGACAUUGGCUCUAUUCCGAAUUGUGGAGGCUGCUAAUAGCUACUGGGCCAAGCAAAGUGACAAUAGCAUGACGCUUGCCUCUGAUAGAUCAUUACCACAUAAUGCUAACGGCCAGGGAGGGUCACACUCAGAGGAAGAAGCAGCAACAGAAGAGGAAGAUGGAGGUAGAAUUGAAAUAGAUGGAGUCGAUAUUUCAACUGUGGGGCUUCAGGACUUGCGUCGCCAUCUAUCUAUUAUCCCUCAGGACCCGACGCUAUUUGUGGGGACUGUUCGCGAUAACCUUGAUCCAUUCCACGAAGUAGAGGACGCAGAUCUCUGGAGGGCUCUGGAGCGAUCUCAUUUGAAGGACUAUAUCAGCACAUUACCAGGAGGAUUAUCAUUUGAGGUUGCACAGAAUGGCGGGAAUUUUUCCGUGGGCCAACGAUCCUUGAUCUGCCUUGCACGAGCAUUGCUUCGAAAAUCCAAGAUCUUGAUCAUGGAUGAGGCAACUGCGGCAGUGGAUGUAGAGACAGAUGAACUGAUUCAAAAGACGAUCCGGCAAGAGUUCAGAGACAGGACGGUUUUAACGAUUGCACACCGUAUCAAGACUGUAAUGGACAGUGACAAGAUUUUGGUGUUGGAGAGAGGAAGAGUCCUAGAGUUUGAUACUCCAAGUCGACUACUCAAGAAGGAGGAUUCGUUGUUUUACAAGUUAGCAGAGCAAGCUGGCGAGGUUUAGUAGACUUGAUUAAAUCACUUAUUACCUAUUCAACAGCCUGUGUCAAAUCAUAUCAAC